AUGGCUGCCGCAGCAGCAGCUCCCUCGGCCACCCACAGCGAGGCCCGUCAAGCAGCUCAAGCAUAUCUCAACGAGCGACUAGCCAAUGGCCACGAUGCAAAACUAGCAAGACCAUUUACCGUCCCAGAUAUCAACAUCGCACCCUCCUUCUCAUCCAACAUCUCCGACCGCAAAGCCGUAGCAGCACAAAUCCGAGACGCAUGCACCAACUCAGGCUUCUUCCACAUUACCGGCCACGGCGUUCCAAAAGAAGCACGACAAGCCAUCAUCAACGCCGCGAAACGCUUCACCAAGGAACUCCCCCGGCCCAAGAAGGAGAGCCUGCACGUCAAGAACAGCAAGUACUUCCGCGGUUGGGAACCAGCCGAUUACACUUACGUCAACCCGGGAGACUGGAGUGCCGAAAACGCCGCUCCUGAAACAAAAGAAGGCUUCAACUGGGGCUACGAAGCCGGCUUAGACCCCACCGGCGGCGAUGGCCAGUACCGCGAGCUGGACGGCGAGGACGUCAACGGCAACGUCUGGCCCGCCGAAGCAGACCUCCCGGGUUUCUACGACGCCGUGAAGCAAUACUACGCCGAAGUCCUCCAACUCGCCCGCCACCUCUUCCGCCUCUUCGCCCUCUCCCUCGAUCUGCCUGAGAACUACUUCGACGCCAUGACGACGCACCCCGGCGGCAUCGCCCGUCUGCUCUACUACCCUCCCGCCAAGGACCCGCAGCCUUUAGAUCCGAAUCAGAAGGACAAGGAGAUUGGGCUCGGGGCGCAUUCGGACUACGAGUGUUUUACGAUUCUGCUGUGCUCGACGGCGUCCGGGUUGGAGAUUCUGUCGCCGGAGAAUGUGUGGGUGCCGGCGCCGGCGGUGGAGGAGAGUUUUGUGAUUAAUGUGGCGGAUUUUUUGAUGAGGUGGACGAAUGGGGUUUAUCGGUCGACUGUGCACAGGGUUGUGAAUCGGACGACGAAUGAGCGGUAUAGCAUACCGUUCUUUUUCAGCAUUAAUUAUGAUCAGACUGUUGAGACUCUUCCCAGCUGCAUUACCGCAGACAACCCAUCGAAGUACCCGCCUGUCAAAGCUGGAGAGUACAUUCUCGAGAGGCUAAAGGCCACCGCCAAGGAUGGAUAG